AUGGCCGUUCCCACCCGCCUGGCUUUGGGCGCCAUCGCCUUUCUCGUCACCCUGGCCCUGACGGUCCUGGGCGUAAGAGACAUGGUCCGGGCCAUGAAUGAGAGGAGCUUGACGAGCUCCCAUGCGCAGAACGUAUGCGAGGGCCCCAGGUUGGUGAUCCACGUGGGCCCACACAAGACGGGCACCUCGGCCUUUCAGGACUUCCUGAUGCGCAACGAGGCGUGGCUUCAGGAGAGGUGGGGCGUGAGCCUGGGAUUUCGUGGGGACCCAAAGGCCACGGGGCGAGAUGUCGCCCGACCGAUCCUGAAUACGGACUGCGCUGAACUGAGAGAUGGGAAAGCUCCCGGGCAAAAGCGAACGCGACAGGAGCUAAAGAAGGCCUUGGACUACACAAAGUCGAAGCUUGAAUCCUCUUCCACUGUGCUCUUGUCCAGCGAAGCGUUUAGUCUCUUCGGCAGCGAGAACUGGGAAUGCUUUGGGCAUUUCAUAGGCAAUGGCGCCUGCCUGUCUGCGGUGGUGCUACACCGGGACACGGCAAAUUGGAUGGCGUCCGACUAUGCGGAGACCACCAAGAACCUGCCGGUUCAGUUUAGGGGUAUCCCACAGAGCUUCGCAAACUACCAGACCAAGCUCUUCGGCCGGAAGCCAGACAAGAACGGAGAAACCGACAAGCAGUUGCAGCUCUUGAGCGUCUUGGAGGAGCAGUUUUCUGACCAUGUGGUUGCUGCAUCCUACGAUUACUUGAAAGAGGAGGACUGUAGCGUGGCGACAUUCGUUAUCUGCAAUGCCAGUCUUCGCAUGACGGGCCAAUCGUGGAAAGAAUGUCGAGACUCCGUUGACUCUCGGCCAACGGCCACCCGGAACUUGUCGCCACCUCGCGCAGCAAUUGAUGUGGUGGUGCUGGCCAGAACUGCCUACGAAAUGAAGCGGGCCUUGCGUCAGAACAGCGAAGCUCCCUGCAAGCCUUGGCCCGCUGUAAACAAACAAACCUACCACGUCCGAAAGGGCACGCUGAUCUCCUCAAGCCCUGCCGUGCUGGCGGCCGCGAAGCAACUACCGCUUAGGUGCGAAAACAUGGAUGCGGCGUUCCGCAAAGCGACGAACGAAUGGUUUGCACGGACGAAGGCAAAGAGGCCUCAGAAGGCUCCUUCAAAGCCCAUGUGCAGGGUUGACGUUGACAACUUGGACGCGGAACACUGGCGAGUGAUCUUCAAGCUCUUGCCGGACUGCUGA